GGCUCCUGCGGCGGCCGCGUGCGCGCGGGGCUCUGCGGUCUUCCUCUCCGCGCACAGGUCAGUGCUUCGCGCUUCCCCAGCCCGGGAGGCCGGGGAGGAGGUGUGGGCUUCGGCCGGGGCCCGCAGGUGUUAGCCGGGUCGUCGCAGCACCCAGGACAAAACACUCCUGACCCCUGCCUGGUUGGAGUCGGGGCGUUAGUGGUAGCGGCCAAGAUGCAUGAAGUCACCCCUGAGCUUGGGAAUUGGAAGACGUGGCUCGCAAAGCCUGAGAUGUGGUCAUGCCAGCCAGACUUCUCCAAACCCUGGCCUCUCUACACAGUGCAUCAUCCAAGGCACGUCGGUGCAAGAGACUUUCUCAGCUUCCUUUAAAACCGCUUACGGAAUCUGAACAUACAGCAUGCCACAACACCCUGAAAAUACAGCGACAUUUAGGUUCAUUCUUUCCUAGUGUACCAGCUGAGAGUUUGAACAAGCCGAAGAUCCUGGAAAUAAGCCGGAUGAUCUCAAACGCAAGCAGACCCUUUCCAUUAACUGCUGUCCAUUGUCGGGAUGGAAAAGCACACCUACCAACCAUGCGCCCCUUUGGGACUCCCAGGAUAGAGACCCAUAAACCAGAUCUGUUAUGUUCUAAGUGGUUUAUAAAAACAGUAAAAAGGCAUUACUCUAUAUCAACUGAAACACUUGUUCCAAAAGACCUUCCACAGAUCAAGAGGCCCCUGAAGGCAUCCCGGACGCGUCAGCCAUCCAGGACCAACCUUCCAGACCUAUCUGUGAAUGAGGACCUGAUGCAGUGCACAGCGUUUGCAACAGCAGAUGAGUAUCACCUGGGAAGCCUGUCGCAAGAGCUGACCUCCUGUGGCUAUGUGGAAGUGACGAGCCUGCCCAGAGAUGCAGCAAAUAUUUUGGUGAUGGGUGUGGAGAACGCUGCAAAGGAAGGUGACCCCGGGACAAUAUUCCUGUUCAGGGAAGGAGCUACUGUGUUCUGGAAUGUGAAAGACAAGACUGUGAAGCACGUGAUGCAGGUUCUGGAGAGACACGAAACCCAGCCCUACGAAGUGGCUCUGGUUCACUGGGAGAAUGAAGAGCUGAACUACAUGAAAACAGAGGGGCAGUCCAAGCUGCACCGAGGGGAGAUCAGGCUAAACUCGGGGCUGGACAUGGAUGACUCCAUUCUAGAAAAGUUUGCUUUCUCCAACGCUCUGUGCCUCUCAGUGAAGCUGGCUAUUUGGGAAGCAACGCUGGACAAAUUUAUUGAGUCUAUUCAGUCCAUUCCAGAGGCACUAAAAGCUGGGAAGAAGGUCAGACUGUCUCAUAAAGAAGUUAUGCAGAAAAUGGGUGAGCUCUUUGCCCUCAGGCACCGUAUAAACUUGAGUUCAGAUUUCUUGAUGACUCCUGACUUCUACUGGGACAGAGCAAACCUGGAGGAGCUUUAUGAUAAGACCUGCCAAUUUCUCAGCAUCACUCGAAGAGUUAAGGUCAUGAAUGAAAAACUUCAACACUGCAUGGAACUAACAGACCUAAUGCGGAAUCACCUGAAUGAGAAGAGGGCACUCCGCCUGGAGUGGAUGAUCGUCAUCCUCAUCACCAUCGAGGUAAUGUUUGAGCUGGGAAGAGUGUUUUUCUGAUCUUGUGAAAAUGAGAAGAACAUUACUGGAAGAGAUAAUUCAAGUUCUGCAACUGAAAAAAAAUCAGCAUUCACUUCUGGUGAAUUCUUCACAAUAGGUAUUUAAUGCUUUAAAUCAACUGUCAGUGGGCAUGGGACACACACCUGUAAUCCCAGAACUCUGAAAGCUGAAGCAGGCAGAUGCCUUCCAGCCUUGCACUGCACAGGAAACCCAGCUGAGGGGAGCUGACUGUGGUGUUGCACACCAGUCUCAACACUUGGAAAGCAGAGGCAGAGGACUGCCCCAAGUUUGAAGCCAACUGUAACACAGCAGGACUCUGUCUCAAAACAAAUCAUAAUGACCUUUUGUUUUGUUGUCCAAAUAAAAACUAUGAAUAUGAUGUUUGGGUCAACAUCCUGAAAGUUCAAAAGGAAA